GCUGCUCCAAACAUCCCGGUUGCCAAACAAGCUAAAGCUAGGCUAACUAGCCGAUAUGCUGCUAAGUCUGCACAAAGUCUCAAUGAAGUCUUCCUGAGUGAUUGAGACAUGGAGUUGAGAAGUAUCAAAGAGCAGUCUCCACUGAUCCAGGCCAUAUUUAGCAGAAAUGCUGAGGAUGUGGCUUUCUUGCUGGAGCACAAUGAAAGUGUUAACGCUCAGGACCAAGAUCAAAGCACACCCCUCCAUGCUGCUGCUUAUUUGGGUGAUGUCCAUGUCAUGGAACUACUUAUAAAUGCAGGUGCAAAUGUGAACUGUAAGGACCAGGGCUUACUCACUCCAUUACAUCGAGCAGCAGCCUCAAGAAAUGAAAGAGCUGUUGGACUGCUGCUAAAACACAAAGCAGAAAUCAACGCAAGGGACAAAUUCUGGCAUACACCUCUACACAUGGCGGCGGCCAACUGGGCCACAGGUUGCGCUGCAGUCCUCAUCCCUCAUGUUUGCAGCCUGGAUGUUACAGACAAGUUGGGAAGAACGCCUCUGCAUCACGCUGCACACAGUGGACACGCUGAGAUGGUUAAUCUGUUCCUGCGUAAAGGAGCCAGUGCAAAUGCCAAAGAUAAGAAGGAAAGACAGCCAAUUCACUGGGCUGCACAUCUUGGACAUUUGGACGUUUUGAAGCUGCUGGCGUCCCACAUUGCAGAUGUGAUGUGCAAAGACAAAUACGGUUACAGUCCGCUCCACGUCGCUGCUGCCGGCGGACAUGCGGACGUGGUCAGGUUCCUUCUGAGACUGCGGGUGGAGGUCGACGAGCCGAACAGUUUUGGCAACACGGCGCUCCACAUGGCCUGUUACAUGGGUCAGGACUGCGUAGCCACUGAGCUGGUGAACUGUGGCGCCAACAUAAACCAAGCCAACCACCAAGGCAACACACCGCUGCAUCUGGCCACCAUCUCAUCCAGUGGCGUUCCGUGUCUCGAGCUCCUGGUCAACAAUGGUGCCGACGUUAAUAUCCAGAAUAAAGAAGGAAAAAGCCCUUUACACAUGGCUGCUGCUCACGGUCGCUUCACAAGCUCCCAGAUUCUGAUCCAAAACGGUGGGGAGAUUGAUUGUGUGGAUGUCAAUGGAAACACUCCGCUUCACGUUGCUGCGAGGUUUGGUCAGGAGUUGCUGACCAGUACUCUGCUUACUAACGGUGCUGCCAGAGGAAGACAGGGGAUUCACGGAAUGCUCCCACUACAUUUUGCGGCAUUGUUUGGAUUCCCAGAUUGUUGUCGCAAGUUACUGUCCAAUGGCCAGUUCUACAACAUGAUUCAAGAUGGCCAAAUGCCAACCCUGGAGUUUGAUAUAAACACCCCAGACGACUGUGGAAGGACCUGCCUGCAUGCAGCUGCCUCUGGAGGAAAUGUCGAGUGUCUUAAUUUGCUAAUAAAUAACGGAGCUGAAUUGGAUAUCCAGGACGAUUUGGGGAGAUCUCCUCUGCACUACGCCGCAGCCAAUGGGAACAGCCAGUGUACGAUUUCUCUAGUGAGAGCCGGAGCAGAAGUCAACGAGGCGGAUCUGACGGGCUGCAGCCCUCUGCACUAUGCUGCCGCCUCGCACACUUUCUGUGGGGAGGGAUUAAAAUAUGAAGCGAACAUAAGCGAGGAAAAACGACAGGAAGCCUGCCUGUGUUUAGACUUCUUGCUGGACAAUGGAGCAAAUCCAACUCUGAAGAACAGCAGAGGUUACAGUGCCGUCCACUAUGCAGCAGCUUAUGGGAACAAACAGCAUCUAGAACUGCUCUUGGAGAUUUCUUUUAAUUGUCUCGAAGAGGUAGAAAGUAAUAUUCCAGUCAGUCCUCUGCACCUGGCCGCGUAUUAUGGGCACUGCGAUGCGCUGGGUUUGCUUUGCGAGACUUUGGUUAGCCUAGAUGUGCGGGACAUUGACGGCCAAACUGCGCUUCACCUCGCUGCAAAGAGAGGCUUUUCUAAAUGUGUGGAGGUCCUGCUGGAGCAUCAAGCUUCCUACACCCUGAAGGAGUAUAAGCAGAGGAGGACCGCUCUGCAUUCUGCAGCUGCUGAGGGCAGAGUGGACUGUCUGCUUUUACUGGUCAACAGGGAACAGAGUGCUGCCAUCAUUGACUGUCAGGACGCACAGGGGCAGACGGCUCUCAUCCUGGCCGCUUUGGGGCGUCACACCGACUGUGUCCACAUCCUGUUGGAGAAAAACGCAAAUCCGGAUACUGCCGAUAAACAAGGCUUUACUGCCCUGCACAGAGCCGCUAUGUUGGGCGCUGAAGACGCCGUUCUGGCUCUGCUGGAACAUGGGGCUUCUGUCCUGUGCAGAGACUCUCAGGGAAAGACGGCGCUCCACCUCGCUGCAUCCUGUGGCCACACAAAGCUGCUCCACAUGCUGCUGAACGCUGCAAAAAAAGCUGAUCCUCUGGACUCCAUUUUAGACUUCAGGGGCUACACACCCACACACUGGGCUGCUUACCACGGUCAUGAAGGAUGUUUACACAUUUUACUUGAGAACAAACUUUAUAGCAACCAGGAAGGAAAUCCCUUCACUCCACUGCACUGUGCUUUAAUCAAUGGACAUGAUGCUGCUGCUGAGCUUUUAGUAAAGACUAUUGGCUCUCAUAUUGUCUUCACUAAUGAUGCCAAAGGACGGACGCCGCUGCAUGCAGCUGCUUAUUCAGGAAGCGUCGCCGGGCUCCGGCUGGUUCUGGCCCACGGAGCGCAGGUCAAUGCUGUCGAUCACUUUGGAUGCUCUGCUGUGAUGGUAGCAGCCGACUGCGGACAGACGGCAGCUGUCGAGUUCCUGCUGCUCAAAGCGAAGCCGGACCUGACCCUGGUGGACGUCAAUAAUAACACAGCACUUCACUUAGCCUGCAGCAAGGGUCAUGAAAUGUGUGCUUUGUUGAUCCUCGGUGAGAUCUCUGACUCCUCCCUCAUCAAUGCAAGAAACAACUCCCUCCAGAUGCCCCUUCACAUUGCAGCGAGAAAAGGCCUGGCCACUGUAGUACAGGUGUUGCUGAGCAGAGGAGCAGCAGUCAUGGCUGUAGAUGAGGAUGGCCACACCCCAGCUCUGGCCUGUGCCCCGAACAAAAACGUAGCAGACUGCCUGGCUUUGAUCCUGUCCACCAUGAGGCCCUUUCCUCCCAGAGAGGCAGACGCUGACGCCGCCUCUCAUUUCAGCCCCAUCCUGAAGAACUGCAGCAUGGCUGCCUCCUGCGGGGCCAAUGGAAACCUGUGUCAUGCUUAGAGACCUCACCAGCGCUGAUGAGUUAUGAACACGUGCUGAGCACUAGUAGAAAUACUGCCUCUUAAAAUCCAUCUUACAUGUGACUUAUACUUGCAGGGCUUUUAGAUGAACUUUUUUUAAAGUCUUGAAUAACUAUGAAUUUAAUGGUAGUUUUGAUUGGAGCGUACUAAUCAAGCUCAACUCGUAUCCUCUGAAAGGCAUUAGGAGCUUCGUCAGUUUAUUCUGCUGCUCUGUAAGUUAUUAACAGGCCUAAUUUUCAGUAUCCUUGAUGAACUGACGUGCCACUGAUUUUAGUCUCACUUUAUUUUAGGGGAUUCCACACAGCUUGAAGAAAAAACAGUAGCUUUUUAGUUUUUCAACUUCUAGAUAAGUGUUGGAAGAAGAGGAGGAUAUUUUCCUUCCUUCCUUCCUUCCUUCCUUCCUUCCUUCCUUCCUUCCUUCCUUCCUUCC